AGGAACCGACAGGUUCGGGAACGGCGGAGCUCCGUUCAAACCGCGAUUUAACAUUUUAAAACAACAUUUUAUCUGUAGUUAACCGAAGGAACUGGCAGCUGCAGAGUUUCACGUUAACGGGACGAACCGGGAACGGAGGGAUUUGCUGUUUUUCGUCGCUGCCACCAGCGGACAGAGACGGAGAGAUUCCCCUGCAGGUUGUGCGUCCUGACUGCCGAGGAGGCGGGGUUUAAGGACUCAGAGGACCAACGGGGUCUGGUUUUGUUUCCUGUCUGGGGGGGGGGUGACAGUGAACGUCUGAGCGAUGUGAAACUGAAGGACCAGAGGAGCUGUCACUCUAACCAGGACCACGCCCCCCCACACCACCAACCAAUCAGCACGCAGCCUGGAGGACCAUCAUGCAUCUGAAGUCUUAUCCGAAGCUCAUGCGCUCUGAGUUGCGUUUGGAUGCGGCCGGUGUUCAGACAUCGUCCCAGCGGAGCAGUCUGUUUGUGAGCCAGCAGGGGGCGCUGUUGAAGACCUGCAGCAGUAACCAUGGCAACAUCAGCAGCAGCCGCCUCCCAUUCAGCGUCAUCUCCACCAACACGCUUCGCUGCAGCAACGCAACAAACGGCAACAUCGGCAGCAACGUAGCGUCGCUGCGACUGAGGGCGUCAUCCAGCAUCACUCUGCAGCUCCUCCCCCCGCCACCGGGCUGCGAGAACGACACACUCAGAUUGUACCAGACCGCCACAGAGGAUGUGGACGCCCCGCUGGACAUCUGGACCGUCAUCAAACCCGGACACGUCCGCGAGAAGAUCGCCAUCUUUGCUUCAGAGGAGGGACGGACAGACGGAGCCAGAGGCAGCGAACACACCUCAACCAGCAGCUCAGGUGGCCGGGACAGGGCGCCACCGGUGUGCACGAACCACACCACCAUGUCGGGACUUACACGGGCCGUUAAGGCAAAGGGGAGCUGGGAGGAGAACUGCAGCGCCAAACGGCGCCGCAGGUCUGGAAGCAACCAGAACCAAAACCUCCAGCAGGACCAGAGGACCCAGGUCCUGGACGCACAGCAACACAACCAUAACUCGUCUCCACAGCACUCAGACUCAACUCAGACGCCAGGCGGCAGGCGGUGUGUAGACGAGGCGGUGACAGCGGCAGAGGAGGAGGAGCAGAAGGUUUCGGUGGUGGAGAUGGUGGCGUUCCUGGAGCAGAGGGCGAGCGAGCAGCAGCUAGACUGCAAACCUGUCCUCGCUCUACAGAGGAGCUCCACCACCAUCACUCUGUCCAGAUCUCCACCAUCUGAGGUCAGGGAGGGGUCAGAGGUCAGGGGGGAGGAGCCGGAGAGCGUCAAGGUGUCGGACAUGGUGGCAAAGCUGGAGUCGGAGUGUCUGAGGAGGAAGACGGAGGGAGAUCUGUCGAGGAGCAACAGCCUGAGGAGGAUGGUGGGACGAGUCCUGCUCACCGCCGGGGACCAGGGAUCAUCUGUGACAUCAUCAAUGACAUCAUCAUCAUCACUGCCGGGAGCUCAGAGUCCAAGCAGGGAGCCGAUCAGCUGCUCAGAAACAGCCUCACCUCUGACCACGCCCCCCUCUUCGCUCUCAGGUGAGGCUCAGGAGGUCGGGGUGGGCGGGGUUCUGGAGACACAGAGCACUGUCACAGAGAGUCAGACUGUGAUCCCGCCCCCUCAGCCAGAGGAGGCGGAGCCUGUACCCGGCUUGUUGUUUUUGUCUCUGCCUCCUGCUGCUUCAGCCUGUACAGACUCUAUCCCUCCCCCCAAAGACUCAGAGCCCCGCCCCCCUCACCACAGAACGACUUUUGACCAGGAGCCUGCCCCCUCGCAGCCCCGCCCCCACGCUGUUAGCCCCUCCCCUCACUCUGGCAGCCAGUCAGAGAAGAGGAGGUGGAGAAAAUCUGGUGGGGGUCAGGAGGGGGAGGUUGUGGGUGCGAGUCCCUGCUCUGCCGCAGUGCCUCUGGGCCGGCGAGCGUCGGUGUCGCAGGACUUCCUGGAGAUGCGUCAGCGGCUGCAGCAGCUGCUGGAGCCGCAGCCGUACCUGGCCGUGCUGCCGCAUCACCUGCUGGUCAAGAUCUUCCUGCUGCUACCCACGCAGAGCCUCGCCGCGCUCAAGUGCACCUGCCACUACUUCAAGUUCGUCAUUGAGAACUACGGCGUGCGGCCCGCCGACUCGCUCUGGGUGUCCGACCCUCGUUACCGGGACGACCCCUGCAAGCAGUGCAAGAAGCGGUACGGCCGCGGCGACGUGUCGCUGUGCCGGUGGCACCACAAGCCGUACUGCCAGGCGCUGCCGUACGGCCCCGGGUACUGGAUGUGUUGCCACGGUGCCCACAGAGACGCGCCCGGCUGCAAUGUGGGUCUCCAUGACAACCGCUGGGUACCUGCGUUUCACAGCAUCAACGUGCCGAUCUACAGGAGGAGCCACGAUGAUGACUGAGUGUGUGUGUGUGUCUGUGUGUGUACGUGCGUGCGUGUGUGUGUUGCUCCCAUGAUGCAACUGCAGGUCAGAUUUUCCUUAAAACACUGAAGGGCUGCAGUGACCGGUCAUUUUCAUUACUGAUGAAUGAACAGCUGACGGUGCUGGACUCACAUGACCAUCAGUGUGAACCUAGAGAAGCCGUCACUGUGACACCUGAGAAACAGACGCACCUGAAAGUUUCACAUUGAAUAAAUGAAAAUUAUUUUCUGUCGGUGGAUGAAUCGACCUGCAGCUUUAAAAACUCUUUAUUAGGAGGAAAACUUCCGUUUGUUGAAGGAAGAUCUGAACCAGCAGCAGCAUGGCGCCCCCUGCUGCUCAAACCUCACCUCACAGCCCCCACCUGAUCACCUGAUCACCUGAGCGUUUACCUGUCAUCAUCAUUUUUCUGGUCACAGCAGCAGCUCCUUAACGCAUCAGUGCCUCGUUAGUGAUGAAGCAGUGGGAGGGAGGAGGAGUCCCGGCCAGGACUCUUCUUCUUCUUCUUCUCUGACUGUCGGGGUCUGCAGCUGCUUCACCAAGAUAAAAGCAUCUCGUUCAGGAAACUAAAGAUAUUUUCAAAUUAAAACAGGUUCUGACCUGAAAUCAGUGUUACAGUCAGAUGAUGUCAGACGUUUGUUUGGUUCAGAAUAAUUUGUUACUUCAUGUGGUCACAUGACUCCAGCUGAACACAGGUGCUGUCCUUCACCUGCAUGACGUCUGACAAACAGUCUCCACUUUUCCUGCAGCUUUCAACCAGAGCUGCUGGGUCUUCCUCUCAGAGCUUCAGUCUCUGGAGAACAGGAACAUUUAUCAAUUAUCAAUUUCUUCCCUGUCAAGUCAUCAUUUCAGUGACUAAAGGUUGCAGCUCUUCUUUCAAAUCUCUCACAUGGUCUUCAUCAGCAGGAGCUCAGUUCAGUUUUGAUGUUUGUUUACAACAAAGAAAACUGAUGAAGACUGUGUAACAUGGCUGAAAGCUGCAGAACAGAGUAAGUGGAGCUUGAGUGGAGGUUGUUGUGUCGUGUGUUCCCGCUGGGUCACGUGACCUGAGGUCUCACUCCCGUCAAAAUAACGCGGUUGUAAAUGAGUUUGUGGGAUCGGUCUGUGACGCUGCAGCUGAGUUUGAUCUUUGCAUCGACUUCAACUCAGUGAGCGACACAAACACUCGUCCGUCUGCUCGUCUCAUCGUCCGGGAGAUUCUCCAUCAUCUCUUCAUCUGAUUCAUGUCGGUCUUUGACAACAGAUUCAGAAAAGCAGGAAGUUAAAUAUUUAAUAUCACUGAAACUGUUCACUGAUUAUCAGAAGAGUUGCACAGUCAUUUCCUGUCAAUAGACUAAUGUCAAAGUGAGGUCACUGAUUUGAAUGAUGAUGCAAAGACAGAGAAUCAGCUCCGCGUGUUAUUGAUCAUCAUGUUGUUCAUGUAUCUGAUCAUCUGCUGCUUUUCACACGUUUCAAUCACUCGUCUCAUUCUGUGGAGGAAACGAGGCGUUUGAGGGCGUCGUCUUUGUGAUGUGCACUUUUCACUGUUUUCUGACGUUUGUGGACUAAACCGUUGAUCAUGGAUUAACAUGGACGCUGGCUGUAAUCAUCAGAAACUUUUCAGACCACCUGAUCGCCAGGUGAGUGAGGGGGCGGAGCUUCAGAGGGCAUGGUCUUUGUUUGGGACGAGGCUGAAUCGAGAGUCGGUGGACUUUACCUGCACCUUGUUUGUGUUUACAUUUGUACAUAAAUCAGUCAGAGUUUAUGAGCGCCGUGUGUUUGAACGAGAGAUGUUUUUUUUUUUUUGGUUUCUCAGUCCUGAACAUGAACUCGUGCCUCAAUCAGCAGCUGAGUGAUAAUCACCUUUAACGGGACUGAUGUUUUAAUUAUUGUUUUUUCAGGAAGGGAAAAGAGGGAAGUGGCCUUGAGUGUCUCGGAGACGAUGCAAUAUAAAACUGGACUGUAGAGAUUAUAGAAAAAAGAAUAUCUGGGUUGAUGCUUGUUGGUUUCUGUCUGCUGGCUGUUCUGCUUUUUGCUGUUAAAAGAUGUUUUGCUUUAAUAAAGUGCUUUCUCAUGGGA